CUAUUUUUUGUGAGACAAAAAAAAAAUAAUCUCUCUUUCUUUCGGUCUGAAGAAGGCGGAGAUUUACGAUAGCGGCGGUUUCUUAUAGCAAUCGAGACGAUUCAUAUGCCGAAAAAGGGAAUAACAAAUUGUGAGAAUCAUAAUGCUGCAGAUUAAGUUGAGUAAAGGAUCAUCUACAGAAACUGGCGGCGUAGGAGGGGGAAAACCUUGUUCAUCAGAUAUGGUAACAGUUGCUUGUCCUGAUCAUUUAGUUCUAGCAGAUUUGCCGGUAGGUAAAAGUCUUGGUCCGCCUCCUGCUGCUCUUCUUCUUAAGACUGUUGGUCGUAAGAAUCGCCGUCCACUCGGUGAACGUGUCCAUUUCUGCGUUCGUUGUGACCUUCCAAUUGCUAUUUAUGGCCGAUUGAGCCCUUGUGAUCAUGUAUUCUGUCUUGAAUGUGCAAGGCUUGAUCCUGGGUGUUACCUCUGCGAUCAGAAAAUCGUAAAAAUUCAGACGAUCAAACUGAUGGAAGGGAUCUUCAUUUGCGCAGCUCCUCAUUGCCUCGUAUCAUUCUUAUCAGUAUCGGAUUUUGAAUCCCAUAUACAUGAAAACCAUGCUAACCUACUGAAUCAAAAUAAUAUUAUAGAGAAAGAAGACGGAAAUGAAUUGGAGGAUAUCAACGUUAAACAACAACAGUCAACGGCGGUUUCAGCUUCUGAUUCCACCACUGCUAGAGCUCCACCACCAAAACUUCCCUUCUCGCCUACUACUAGUUCAAAUUCUCAAAUUAACGAUCGAGAUGAAAAAUAUCGUCGACCCCCAAUGUUGCAACAACCGAGGCCUCCUCCUCCAACUCCAUUCUUUGGGCAGCAAACUCAAAUUCAACAAUUAGAUCAGAAUCCCAACUAUCCCCCAAACUUUCAAAUGCAGGGUAACCCUAAUCAGAUUCUAGCUGCCCCUCCUCCUAUGUUUGGUGCUCAACCAUUCUAUGGUGGUGGUGUUCCACCAUUUGAACCAGGAUCGGUGUUGGGUUUUCCGCCAAAUGCUAAUUUUCAGGAGAAUUAUCCUCGGCCGUGGAAUAUGGGUCAACCAGUUGCUGCUCCUUUUGACCCUUCGACUGCUAAUAUGGCACCUCUUCCUCAUUUGCAGCCACCUAUGAUGCCUCCUCAAAUGUCGCCUCAUAUGUCACAGCAGUCUUAUCCUGGGGGUGAAAUGGGAAACGAUGGACAGGGUUUCGGGUGGCAAUAUGAUAAGCGCGAUAAUUUUGGUAAUAACCGAGAAUCGCAGUAAUUUUUAUCUUCAUAUAUGAGACUGUUAUCAGAUUGUUAUUCUUCGUUAAAUGCUUACUUUGUUCCUUAGUUCUGAAUUUCAAAGCUUCAUGAAGUCAUUGGUCAUUGGUUUUGGAUUAUGUACUUUUCGAAAUUGGAUAAAUUUAAUGAA